ACAUAGGCCCUUCCCGUCUGCCGAGGUGUCUAGAAGGCGCUUUUGGUUCCCCACAGUCCCUCGUAGCGAACAAGCGUUGCAUCCCCGGAACCCUAAACCCCAACCCCCCGAGCCACCAGUGCGCGAAGCAAGACGAGAUACAUGGGGCGGCGGUACUCAGCGAAGGGAAAGAAGAAGAGGAAGCUCGAAGACGGCGCGACGUCCCGUGACGACGACGCAGCGGAGUUACCACCACCGGAGGACGACGAAGGGAUGGUAGAGGAGGAUGUGACGGAGGAGGACGAGACCGUGGAGGUCGUAGCGGAGGGGAUUCCCGUCCUGCCCCGGCCGGUAGAUGGGAGGAAGCGGCCCCGGGCGAUCUUCGUGCUCGAGAGGGCCUGCCUGGAGGUCGGCAAAGUCGGCAAGACUAUGCAAAUCUUGAACUCGGACGAUCAUGCGAAUUAUUUGAGGAAGCACAAUCGGAAUCCUGCUGAUUAUAGGCCUGAUAUCAUUUACCAGGCUCUAUUGGCAAUAUUUGAUAGCCCUCUAACUAAGGCUGGGAGGUUACAAGCUGUUUAUGUAAGGACUGAAAAGGGGGUGUUAUUUGAGGUCAAGCCGAAUGUUCGCUUGCCACGCACGCCCAAAGGUUUUUGUGGGUUGAUGUCACAGUUAUUGCAAAAGUUGAGCAUUACUGCUGUUGGGAGGCGUGAGAAGCUGCUUAAUCUUAUUAAAAAUCCUGUUACCCAGUAUCUACCUGUUGGCUCACGGAAGAUAGGCCUUUCAUAUAGCGCCGAUAAGUCAGUUGAACUGAAUGACUAUGUUGCUGAAUGCAGUGAUGAUGAAGCCCUUGUGUUUGUGGUUGGUGCCAUGGCUCAUGGAAAGAUUGACAAUGAAUACACAGAUGAGUACAUACGGAUUUCCAGCCACCCACUCAGUGCUGCCAGCUGUUUAGCUAGAAUAUGCACCGCUCUGGAGCAGAAGUGGAACAUCCAGUGAGGAAAUUUUGGAAACAAACCUUAUAUAACUUAAUGAGCUAAGUGGAACAUCCAUUGAAGGAAUAUAUGCACCGCUAUGGUUAACUGAUAGUGUAGGUGAGUUAUCCUUGCCUGCCGCAGAUUCUUUUGGUGGAGAGACUUGAAGCUCUGUCUGUAAAACUAUUAACAUGGAAUGUUUGAAGCGCUUAUGUAUCUAUACAUGAUGAUCA